AUGUCAUGUUCAUCCGUGCGCGUCACGGCGGCGGCGUGCCGCUCGUCGUUUUAUGGACCCGAGCCGGUUGUUCCGACGCUAACCCCACCCACCACAUCGUCGUUCCUUCCAUCACAAACCUUAUCGAACAAAAGCGAUGACCGACGGUACGGCAGCGGUAGUUCGGCCGUGGUCGGCUACCACCCGAUCGAUACGUGCUGCCGUCCUCUGAAUCCGCCACUCGGUUGGCGGCGAGGAAAAGUCGGCAGCAUCUUUAUCGCGUUGCUCGGGCGGCGUAUGGUGCACAAACUAUACGGUUGUAGCGCCACGUGA